AACUCCGGUACCGGCAUCGUCAACGCCAGUUACCGUGGCAACACGGGCGGAGUCUCGUUCGGCUACAACACUCUCCCCGUAAACUUCGGCUCGCCGUCGCUACUGGUAACCGAUUGCGUGUUUCGCAAUAACAGCGCCCGUGCGACUUCCGCAUUCAGAACCUCCAGUCAGGCGUUCUUUGCUCAGAUUUUCACUGGGCGUGGCGGUUCACUGGCACUCUUUGUAAACGAAUCACGCUACGAUCUCGACGUCACAAUCAGGAACUGCACCUUCACGGAGAACACAGCUCGUUCGUUUGGGGGCGCGGUCUAUCUGUUGCUAGGUGGGUUCGGGACCAGUCAUAGGGUUGUCGUCGAGAGAGCGAGAGUGAUAUCAAAUGUUGCGCAACUCGGUGGGGGAGGAUUUCAGGCGUCGUUCUUCAACAAUGGGCCCGAGGAUGCCCCUCUAAUGAUGAGAUUUGAUGACUGUCGGUUUGAGAACAACUCUGGUAUUGCAGGAGGAGGCAUAUUCGUCUUCACCUCCACUGAUGGUGGUGUAGGAAAUCUGGUUCAGAUACGUUCGACCCUAUUUACCGGUAACCGUGGUUACACGGGAGGCCCCGGCGACUACGGAGCUGCGGUGGCGUUGUCUCUCCUGAACCCUCUGGUGGAGAGGUCAAAUUUCCCUCGCCACGAGAUCACCGACUGUGAGUUCCACAAUAAUUCUGGAGCCAAUGGAGUAGUCAGUGUCGGCUACUCUCCCACGAACUUCACCGGAAGAAAUGUGUUCUCAGGAAACAAAGGAACUUCACUCAGGGUGGUGGGAGCCAUAAUCUACCUGUCAGGUGAGCUCCAUUUCACCAACAACAUCGCCACCAGUGGAGAUGAGAGUGCCCUCCACAUGCUGUCGUUCGCACAAGCCAUCCUCAGUCGAGGUCUCUUUGUCAACUUUGAGGGAAACUCUGGAAGGUUUGGUACCAGUAUCACGAUAGAGGCCACCACGACCUCCACAGUUUACACCCAGCUGGCCGGGAACCCUCAGUGUCCCUUUCUUCACGAAGACUUCGGCACUGUCCCACAGAACUGGACCAACGUGACAGUCAGAUUCACUGACAACUCGGCCACUCUCGGCUCAGCAAUCUACGUCUCUCGACUCAACACCUGCUCCUGGUUCAGCCGAAAACCUCCAUUUUUCAACAACACAUUCCUAGUCGACUGGCCCAUCUGGAUUAUUGAACCCACUAAUGUUGACACGGGAUAUACAGAGGAAGAGCAGAGAAACACGACCGUCUCAGUGCAGACUCAAGUCAAUACACUCAUCAUCAGCAACCACACCGUGAGUCACACACAC